GCUGGUACAAGUCUCAAAGCAUGACAUGCUCAACGUUCCUGAUGCUGUUAAUUUCGCACGCCAAGUGCCUUACGGCACAAAGUUUGCCAGCCCUCUCCCGUCUGGCACACCUGUAAGUCUGUCGCUCGCACACCUAUAAGUCUAUUGCUCGACGCAGCAGCACAUCGCUCUGGACUGACACUCCAACGUCGUGCUAGAAACGCUUCUCGUCUUUCUCGCCGACUCCAAGUAUUCGAAAGCUCCGUCACGACUGCAGCAGUCAAGCAGAGUCGCAAUGGCAGUUGCCGACCGCAUCCUCUUCAGCGCGACAUCGCGAGACGCGCCGGCUGCCCCCGAUGGAGUCCAAACAUUGCCGGACCUCUUCGAAUGGCAAGCAAGGGCACGGCCCAGCGCCACUCUUUACUCUUUCCGUCGUGAAGAAGGCGCCGACGUAAUUCAGAAGUCGUACCGUGAAGUCUACGAACAAGUCCUUGGUCUCGCGGACGCUCUGGACCGUCUGUUCCUUCACUUUCACGGUGCUGCCUCGACUUCUCAGCAGCGCGCACCUGUAGUCGGCAUUUGGUUUGAAAAGUCGAUCGAGCUGCAUCUGGCAAUGCACACUUCCACUUUCUGCGGAGCGACAUGGUUGCCUUUCGAUGCCGAUGCUCCUACCUCGCGAGUAACCGCGUGUCUGGACGACAGUCGAGCAGCAGUCUUGCUUUGCGACGCUGCGCAUUUUGAUGCUGCGAAGCAAGCAGCCGCCAAUGCACCGCACACCAUGUCGGUGGUCCUCAUCGACGACUUGAUCGCUGAAGCGCGCAAGUCUUCCCCGACCACUUCGUCGCGACCACGAUAUCCUCGGUCGACCGACGCGGCAUACAUGAUUUACACCUCGGGCUCUACCGGCAAACCGAAGGGGAUCGAAAUUUCCCACGGUGCAGCAUUGGUGUUCAGCCUUUCUGAGCGGCUGCUGCUUGAGACUGGUCCAGAAGACAUUGUCUGGCAAGGCUUCUCCUUCGCAUUCGAUAUGAGCAUCGAGGAAACCUGGGUGAGCAUAGCUGGUGGAGCACACUUGGCUAUUGGUAGCCGCACAGAGUGUCAAAACGUUCCUGGACUCGGUGGCGCUCACGGCGUCUGGGCUAAACGUGGAGUCACCGUAGUAAAUGCCGUGCCCACCUUGAUCAACAUCAUGACGUCGCUAGAUGAUGAAUGCAGUCUUCCGCCUUCUGUCCGACUCCUCAAUCUGGGGGGCGAAGCAUGCCCUCCAGCCCUGGUGAACCGACUCUGGCAUCCGAAUCUUCGCAUCUGGAACACCUAUGGUCCCAGCGAAACUACAGUCACAGCCACGAUCCAAGAAUUGUUUCCUAACGAAGCCGUUACGAUCGGCAAGCCUUUGCCCUCCUACCACGCCCUUCUUCUUCCCAUCGCUGACGACUAUGACAGCAGCGAUGCAGUUCCCAAAGAGCCUCUAGCUCUCGUCGCAGGUGCCGAGGGAGAACUUGCCAUCGGCGGUCCUUGCGUUGGCAACGGUUAUGUAGGUCGACCAGAGCUCACAGCGGAGAAGUUCAUACCCCACCCGCUCUGGCAAGGGACUACCGAGCGUAUCUAUCGGACAGGAGACCGCGUCAAAUUGGAUUCCAACCACAACCUUCUCUUUCUAGGUCGUAUUGACACUCAAGUCAAGCACCGGGGCUUCCGUAUCGAACUCGGAGAAAUCGAAAAUGCGCUGGCGCUUCACCCGGACGUUCAGACGGCGGCCGUCAUUCUUUCUGGAGUGAGCAAUCGCUUGGAGGCGUACCUCGUCAUGCGCCGACCGGACGCAGCCUCUGCUAGCGUCGACUCAAGAGCAUUCAGGGGCUCUCUCAGUGGCUUGCCUUCGUACAUGCAGCCCGAGGCCUUCUUUGUUCUUGGUGCCGACGAGAUGCCUCGCCUGCCUAGCGGCAAGAUUAAUGCCAAGGCUCUUCAAGAGGUUUCGAAGGUCAAGGCAGACGAAGAGAAGGCUCGGCAAGCAGCUGCGCAGGAACUCGCAACUGAGAAGGCAGGCAGCGAGCUUGCUGCUAUCGACCCAGCUUCCGAGCUCGGCGUCCUUCUUAGAGCGCUCUCAGCAGUUUUCCCACAAGCAGCUCCCAUCCUGCCGAGUAGCGACUUCUUCGACGACCUCGGUGGUCACAGUCUUGCGGCUGCAAUGCUUGUGUCUAAGUUGCGAAAAGAAUGCCCCUUAGAGUCUCCCCUCCGUACCAUCGGAAUGCAAGACAUCUAUUUGUACCGCACAGCUCAGCAAAUUUCGGCUCGCUUUGCCGCACAAAGUGAGGACGACGACAGCGGCUCCGACUAUGAUGGCACAGAUGAGAAGCACGGAGCUUCGAGCUUGAGUGGACCUUCCGGAGCGCAGACCGGCGAGCAUUGGGAAGUCUCGACGCUACGUUACUGGCUGUGUGGCUUUUUCCAAGUACCGGCGCUGCUAUUCUUUUGGUUCAUUCAAUCCAUCGAGUACCUAGUACCCUAUCUCAUCUUCUUCGUCGCUCUUCACGGUAGGGGAAUUGGCGCCGCGAUUGUCUCAACUUAUGCGGUCUUCAUUGCUUUGCCCAUCUUCUUGUCCUUAGUCGGCGUACUGGGCAAAUGGCUAGCCCUCGGGAAAGCGAAGCCGGGCGAAUAUCCUCUUUACGGGCUCUACUACUACCGAUGGUGGCUCGCCGAACGCUUUGUGGAGCUUGCAGACUUACACAACAUUGCCGACACUGUCUUGAUGCCAAGCAUUUUACGCGGUCUGGGCGCUCGCGUAGGCUCUCACUGUCACUUGGGAUUCAUCACUACCGGAGCGGCUCUUGACCUCAUCGAGAUCGGCGAUGACGUAGUCAUUGGUCAAGACGUCGUCCUAUCGACGAGCAUUGUGGAGCGCGGUCGACUAAUCCUGAAGCCACUCCGAAUAGGCAACGACGCGCGCGUCGGAUCCAACAGCGUCAUCGAGGGUGGCGCAAGCAUCGAGGACGGCGCCGAGGUAGCAGCAAUGACGAUGGUUCCGGAUGGCAUGCGCAUCCCGGCUGCUCAGCGCUGGCAUGGAUCUCCGGCGCAGCUCCUCGCUGAGAGUCAAGAUGUCGGCAACAUGAGACAGACUCGACCGGGUGAUCUGCGACGCUCAUUGAUGGGAUUGGCAAUGUCUUUCACGGUAGUAUUUGUCUUCCCAAUCCUCUACUUCGCGCCUCAAAUCCCCAGUCUGCUCAUGUUUGAGGUGCUCAACAUACGCCACCUCAACGACUGGCAGCAGACCGGAAUUGUCGCCGUGCCUGCCGCCCUCGCCUACCUCUGCCUCGUCUUCCUCGAGCUCGUCAUCUUUAGGUGGAUCGUCCUGGGCCCUCUGCGUGAAGGCACGCAUCGAACAACUUCGGUCUUCUACUUCCGCAAAUGGGCUACAGACCGGAUCAUGGACAUGUCUCUCAGCGUCUUGCACCCGGUCUAUGCUACUCUGUAUGUUGUGCCAUUCCUGCGAGCCCUUGGCGUCAAGAUCGGAAGAAUGGCCGAGGUGUCCACUGCUCGUGGCAUCAACUUCGAGCUCACGGAGAUUGGCGACGAGUCUUUCAUCGCGGACGGAGUGCUCAUGGGCGACACCGACGUGCGACACAGCACGUUGAAGCUCAAGAAGACAACGCUCGCUCCUCGCGCAUUUGCUGGCAAUGCGUCUCUACUGCCGCAAGGCACUCACCUGGCAUCGAACACCCUCGUGGGCGUUUUGUCGAUCGCCCCACCGGCCGAGAAACCGCUUCAAGAAGGACAAAGCUGCUUUGGAAGCCCACCAGUGAUGAUGCCAGCUCGAGCUCAAGGCGCAACGUGCUACGCAGACCACCUGCUCUACAGUCCCAAGGCAUGGCAAGUCGCGCUUCGCCUCUUCAUCGAGGGGUUGCGCAUCGUGCUUCCACGAGCCCUCAUUGUUUUCGGGCUUGGGUACGGCCUGGAGAUUUUCGAGACGGCCUACCCCUACAUCGGCGUUGUGCAGACUUGCUUGAUGCUGCCCCUCUUCUUCUUCUUCCUCUUUGCUCUGCCGGGCUUCCUCUUUACCGUGCUGGCCAAGUGGACUCUCGUGGGAGUGUACAAGCCGGCAGAAUGGCCACUAUGGUCCAAGAACGUCUGGCUGUCGGAAUUUGUCACCUCGACGUACGAGACACUUGCCAUGCCCUUGCUUACGGCCAAGCUCGUCGGCACUCCCUUUUUGCCCUGGUGCUUCAGACUACUAGGUGUCCAGAUCGGCAAGAAGGUGACCAUGCUGAGCAUGGACAUUACCGAGUACGACUUGGUCAGCCUUGGAGACGAGGCAGUGAUCAACCGGCAUGCUGGUCCGCAGACGCAUCUAUUCCAAGAUCGCCGAAUGGGUAUGGAUCGAGUCGACUUGGAGAGCAGAGCUACAAUGAUGCCAUACAGCAUCCUGCUUCCGAACAGUCGAAUUGCCGAGGGAGGCCAGUUGGGAAGUCUUUCGCUCGUGAUGAAAGGCGAGUCGGUCCCUGCUGGCGAAGCCUGGGAAGGUGCUCCCAUCGCUCCGCGUCGCAGAAGAAGACGCGCACCUUUUACUGCCAUUACCGAUCUACCGAAGACGUCCGGCAGCGCUGGCGACUUGGCAAAAGGCUCCCCCGAUCUGAGCCUCGGCUCCAGCAUGUCUUCUGCGGCUCCCUCUUUGCGCGCACCUAGGGCCGCUUACGCGCGUCCCCGAGGGGACGGCAGCAGAGAUUCGAGCAACGACACUACCACAACGAUGGAGGUCUAAGGUCUCUUCUGUCUCGUAAACGAGAUGCUCGAUCCGAUGACCGCUUCCCUUUCUCUGCGACUGCUACCGUCUGAAAAUCCUCGCUCCUUACACGUCUCCUACCUGCCUCGACUCCAGCCUUGCAAACAUCAACAAGAGUGUCGCAAAAGCCUUUUGAGAAGGCUCAAAACCGUGUACAUACCACAUUCUUUGUCCCGAAGCAUAAUCAGAUACAUAGCACUG